AUGACGCUGUCUACCCAAGAAAUCAUCUUGGAAUAUGUCUGUCCCGGACUGGGAGUCAUCAUUGGGAAUGUCAUGUAUGCCGCUCCCCUCCGCGAUUUGAAGGCUGCCGUGGACAAAGGGGAUCUGGGUCAUUUGAACCCAACUCCUUGGGGAUUCAUGUUUGGAAAUUGCGUUGGAUGGGUUUUGUACAGCACGUUACUUCAGAAUGUUUUUGUCUUUGCUGGCAAUGCCCCUGGAUUACUCGUGAGCAUCUAUCUGAAUUUGGGUGCCAUCAAGCUUUUGUAUCAAGAGCAUCAUGCCAAAGAAAAUCGUGACGCCACGAUUGCCUUUUUGGACAAGGAGCAACCUCGUGGUGGCGGCGGCGGCGAAAUGAUUGCAAACAGGCGAGACGGCUCCUUGGAUGACACCGCCGAGUCCACAGGAGAAAAUUGGGGGACCGUUCUUCUCAAAGUAUCGUCACAGUCGACUCCUGCACCUAGCCGGCAUGACAAUAUUAUGAUGUUCAUGUGUACCUUGUGGGUUAUCCUCGGAACCAUUCUAGCCUUUGCGAAUUCUAUGGACUUGGACUCGAAGGUCUUUAUGGUGGGGAUUGUCACCAAUUGCAUCGUGGUUUUCUUUUACGCGGCACCCUUGUCCACCAUUUUUCAAGUUCUGAAGGAAAAACACACGGCUUCCAUUCACAUCCCCACCAUGAUUCUCAACACGCUCAACAGCAGCUUUUGGUGUGCCUAUGGGAUUGCCAUUAUGGAUUUUUUUGUGGCCACACCCAAUGGAAUAGGUUCUAUAUUUGGAUUCGUUCAGGUCUUUCUCUACAUGACCUUUCCACGGCAUCCCAAAAGUGCUGCUGCUGCUGCUGCUCUCCCAGGCGAGGAAACGAAAAGUGAUGACUCUGGUGCGACGCAAAAGGUGGAACUUCCCUGUACUACUAGUACCAGCAGCAAGAAUACUCUACUACCAAUCAAGUCGUGUCCAUUAGAUGUGGAAGAUGGCACUGUGGCUGCGUCAGCAUGA